AUGGAUAUCGUUAAAGAUAAAAGGAAUAUUCGUUAUGAAUACGAAUUAGAUAAAAUAAAAAAGAAGAAGAAGGAUAACCUUUUAAUUUUGAAUAUAUUGUAUAAUAAGAUAAAUUAUAUAUGUUAUAUAUUAAAAAGCAAUUAUAGAGAUAUAUUGAAUGAUAUAAACUUUGAGAAUAGGACAGCUAUAGAAAUAUGUUUAUAUUAUUGUAAAUCAUAUGUAUUAUUUUUAUUAUUAUUUUAUCCAUAUUUGCAUAAUUAUAUAAGAAUUUUAAAAAAUAAUGAUUUACGAUUAUAUAAAAAUUUUUAUAAGUAUAUAUUAAAAAGACGGAAUAAUUUCCAUAUCUUAUUAUUAAAAUAUAGAAUACUUGAGUGUAUGAAAUUAAAAGAUAAGAAUGUUCAUGAUUUAAAUAGUAUUAGCUACAUGGACGUGUAUAAUAUAAAUAGAUAUAUGAAUGAUGAAGAUGGUGUAGAGAUAUAUGAUUAUUUACCUAAAUAUUCGUAUAAAAAUAAUAAUAUGAAUAAUUUACUAUUAUUAAAUGUAUAUUUUAAGGAUAUCAUGUCUAAGAACAAUUUCAUAUGUAUUCUUUUUUCAAGAAUAUAUAUAAAAAAAUAUCAUAAAAAAAUAUUCCGUAUACUUUUGCUUAUACUCUUUUAUUUUUCCUUACCUACUUUUCCUUUCUCUAAAAAAUUCUUUAUCACAUAUCAUAAUUGGAGGGUUACAAAAAAAAAUGAAAUUAAAGAUGAAAAUAAGGAGAACGACACAAAUACAAGAAGAAAAAAUAACAAUACUUAUGAUAAUAUUUACCCAAAUAUAUUAAAUGAUAAGGAUGAAGAAAAAUUGAUUGAGGAUAAUAAGAAUAUAUCUAAAAAUAAUGUUAACGUACAAGAUGUAGAACAGGGCGUAGUUUAUGGUACAGAAGAAAUAUUAAACAAUGAGAAUAAAAGAAUGGGUGGUAUGCAAGCCAAGAAUAUAAACAAGAAAAAAGGUACAGAAAAAAAAAAAGAUAUGGAUGAGAACUUAUCUUUUUAUUGUAGAAGAAAAUAUUUCGUUACACCUUUCUUUGAACAUAUUAAUAUUCCUACAAUACAUAUUAAUGACUAUUUCUCUAAUCGUAAGAAAAUUUUUAAAAGACCGGAAUUUAAGGUUGUUAAUAAAAAGAAGGAAAAAAAAAAGAAAGACAAUACAAAUAAAGACAAUACAAAUAAAGACAAUACAAAUAAAGACAAUACAAAUAAAAACAAUACAAAUAAAAACAAUACAAAUAAAGACAAUACAAAUAAAAACAAUACAAAUAAAAAUGACAGUAAUUAUGAUAAUAAUAGAGAUCAUUAUAAUAAAUCCAGAACAUAUGAAGAGAACAAUAUGUAUAAUUCAGAUAGUAGCAGCAGCGUGUCGAGCAACUUAAGUGAUGAUAUUCUUUCCGAUGUCGAAGAUGAAAAUAUGCUGAAAGAAUUAUUCAAAAACGAAAAUAAGAUAUAUUCAAAGGAAGAGAGUAAAAUGAAUGAUAAUGAAAAAGAAAGAAAUAGAAACAAUUUAAUGAAAGAGAAGAAAUAUUUAUUAAAUGAAAAAUUGAAAGAUAUGGAUAGUAAUUAUUCUAGAUCUACUUUAAAAGAUUUGAAGAACGAUUUUUUCCAAAUGAACAUAAAAGAAUAUGAUUUGUAUGAUGAUAAUAAUAUAAUAAGAAGAAUAUAUAAAAAAGAGAAUAAUAUUAUAGAUAGCUUUAAAUUAAAGAAAGAACCAUUUGUUAGCGAAUUAUGGAUUAAUGUAAUAAACUUUAAUGAGGUGGAUGAUAAUAAAAAUACAUUGAUACAUAAGGCUUGUCUUGUAGGUAAUCUGAAUAUUAUAUAUAUUUUAUUAUAUUUAAAUGUAGAUCUUUUUAUAUAUAAUUAUAAGAAUGAAUUACCGAUACAUUGUACAAUUUAUAAUUGCGAUAAAUAUAUUUUUCUAUUACUUUUACAUAAUACAAUUGAAUGCAUAUUUUAUGUAUUAUUGGAAGAAUAUACAAAAUGGAAGAAAAAUAAUAAGAUGUUAAAUAAAAAGACAAAAAGCGAAAAAAUGAAAAUUAAAAAUAGAAAAAAUAAAUUGAAAAAAAAAAAAAAAAAUAAAAAAAAAAAAAAAAAAAAAAAAAAAAAAAAAAAAAAAAUAAAUAAAAGCAGAAUGCAUAAAAUGAGAAUAAAUAAAAAUAAAAUAAAUAAAAAUAAAAUAAAUAAAAAUAAAAUAAAUAACAACAAUAAGAAGAAGAAUAACAACAAAAACAACAAAAAUAACAAAAACAACAACAAAAAGAGCAAUCAAAAUGUACAAAAUGUACAAAAUGUACAAAAUGCACAAAAUGUACAAAAUGUACAAAAUGUACAAAAUGUACAAAAUGCACAAAAUGUACAAAAUGCACAAAAUGUACAAAAUGUACAAAAUGCACAAAAUGUACAAAAUGCACAAAAUGUACAUAAUAACAGCAAUGCCUUUGCUAAUGCUCAUGGAAUAGAGAAAAAUUUUAAUUUUCAAAAAAAUGAAGAAAAUAAAAUCUCGUCUUCUAUAUUUCUCACACAGGGGAAGGAAGAACAUAAAUUAUUUAUGGACGGUACCAAUAUGUAUGAAGAAAAUAACAUUGGCUCAUUUAAUACAAGCGAAAAACAUGACGAGAAUAAUGAGAUAGAAAAAGAAAUGUAUAAAAAAAGAGAAAUGUAUAAAAAAUAUGUUAAAAAUGGGAAAUUCUUUUAUUAUAAAGUCAUAAAUUGCAAAUUCCUUUAUAAUGUAAUACAAUUAUAUUUAAGUGUUAUUGUUAAAAUAAUUGAAUUAGGGAAUUUUGAAUUUUUAAAAAUACUUUUUAAUUAUAAUAGUUCUAUAUUUUCGUAUAUCUUCUUAAAUAAAAAUAUGUUUUCUUUUUUAUGUUCAACAGCUUGUAUGUACAAUUGUUUGAAUGCUUUUAUUUUUUAUUGUGAUAAUAUUAUAAAGUGGUCUGUAUUUGAAAAAUAUGUGGAGGAGCAAAAACUCAAAUUUUCAGAAAGAACAAAGAAAAGGAAAAAUGUAUCGGCAUAUGGAACGAAUAAUAAUGAUGAAUACCAAUAUGGUUUUUAUGAUAUGAAUGAGGUUGAUAUUAAUAAUGAGAAGAAAAGAAACGAAUUCCAAAAUAAUAAUCUUUUUCAAACUGGUCCUUGUACUAACAUAAAAAAGAAUAAAACCAAUUGGGACACAUCUACAGGUACUCCUUUUUUUAUAAAUACUUAUGAAAAAAUUGAAAAUGUACAUCAAGAGGAUUAUUUUAAUGUCUUGAAGAGCGCACCUUAUAUAAUUAACAACACAAGGAUGAGUGGCAUUGACAACAAUAUGGGUGGUGAGAACAAUAUAGGUGGUGAGAACAUUAUAAGUGGUGAUAACAAUAUGGGUGGUGAGAACAAUUUAAGUGGUGAGAACAAUUUAAGUGGUGAUAGCAUUAUAAGUGGUGAUAGCAUUAUAAGUGGUGAUAGCAUUAUAAGUGGUGAUAGCAUUAUAAGUGAUGAGAACAAUAUAAGUGGUGAGAACAUUAUAAUUAAUCAGAACAGUAUAUGUUAUCCGAACAGUAUAUGUUAUCAGAACAGUAUGUAUAAUCAGAACAAUAUGUAUAAUCAGAACAAUAUGUAUAAUCAGAACAAUAUGUAUAAUCAGAACAAUAUGUAUAAUCAGAACAAUAUGUAUAAUCAGAACAAUGUGUAUAAUCAGAACAAUGUGCAUAAUCAGAACAAUGUGCAUAAUCAGAACAAUGUGCAUAAUCAGAACAAUGUGCAUAAUCAGAACAAUGUGCAUAAUCAGAACCAUAUGUAUAAUCAGAACAAUGUGUAUUAUGAGAAGGAUAUAUAUAAUGUUAAUAAUUACAACCUUUGUAAUAAUAUGCUUUAUCAUUACUUCAUGAAUAACAAUACUGUAAAUCAUAGAUUCCUUAAUAUAUCCAAUUUUAAUUUUAAUGAUCCAUUUGUAUAUUCAAUUAGUACCUGCAGAGCGAAUGAUCCAUUAGGAACGUCUUGCGAAAUAAUAUAUAAAAAAGGGAAUAGAGGUUUGAUUAAUAAUGAUAUUGUUAAAAAGUGCAUUAAUAAAAAUAAUAGCAUAAAAAUAUUUUUCUCAAAAGAAUGCUUUAAACAUAUAUUCGUUCCAGAACCAUGCGAUCAUCCAUAUGAAAGAAAUAAAUUAAAAAAUAAUAUUCCAGAAAAUUCUACAAGAUUAGAUGUACUAAUAUCUAAUAAACAUGGUAUCUUAAAUAUAAAUACGUUUGCUAAAUUUAAAGUUAAAUGUGUUGAUAGGAAAGCGACAGUGAAUGAUAUAUUAAGAGUACAUGAUGUUUCGUAUUUAAAAUUUAUCAUAAAUAAAAUGAAGAAUUUUAAAAUGUCAGAUGAUGAUCUUAUGUAUUUCGAUGAUUUCUUGACAAAAGCAAAAAAGAAAUUUAAAAAUUAUUUAUUAACAAAUAAUGAUAAUGAAAAUACAGGAAAUCAAAAUAACCCUAUACAACAGAAUGAGGCUUUACAAACAUUUCAUUUAAUUAAUAAAAAAAAUGAAAUAGAAAAAUUGAUGUUAAUUGACAUGAAUAAUAAGCUUAUGGAAAAUAGAGAUUUGUAUAUACAAAAUUAUUUAUCUAAUAUUCGUACACCUAUGCAUGCAAAUUUAAAAGAUACAACAUUACUUCCGAUGGAACUAAAGAAAAAAUUAAACGAGAAUGAUUUUAAAGAUUAUAAUGAUGAUACAGAGAAUUAUGAACCUGAAAAAUAUGUAUAUAUGGAAAAUGGUAUCAGGAUGAAUGUAUUAACAGAUGAAGGUUUAACAGAAGCAGCUAAUGUACUUUAUAUUAAUAAUAGUAUUCUUUAUAAUAAUAAUAUAUUUUUUAAUAAUAAUUUACUUUAUAAUAAUAAUAUACUUAUGAGUGAAAAGAACACGGGAUAUACUUUUUUUUUUGAUAAUGAACAUAUUGAUAGUAUAAAUAAAUCAGGAACGAAUUUAAAUAUACAAGACAAAAUAUCAAGCUAUAAUAUUAAUAUGAGGGAAAAAGAUGCUAAUUUAAAAAAUAAAAAAUGGAAUAAUGAUAAAAUAGAAAAAUUAUUGUUAGUAGAUAAUGAUACCUUUGUUAAUAAAUAUUCUUUUAAUUGUGCUCUUAGUGCUAGUGGAGUUGUUUUGAAAGCAGUAGAUUAUGUACAUAAACAAAAGAAAAUCGUCAAUUGUGGAUAUGAAAAAUUGAAAAAAUGCAAAAAAUGUAAGAAAUGUAAGAAAUGUAAGAAAUGGAAAAAAUGGAAAAACUGCAAAAAAUGUAAAGAAUGUGAAGAAUGUAAAAAAUACAGAAUACAAAACAAUAGUAUCCUUCCAAAUAAUAGGAAGAAAAUAUUUUGUGUUGUACGUCCGCCUGGUCAUCAUUUAGGUACAUUUGGUGCUGCUCAAUUUAAUUUAACUGAUGAGGAUGUUGCUGCAGGUAGCCAAGGUUUUUGUAUAUUAAACAAUGUAGCUGUUGGUCUAGCUUAUGCAAAAUAUACUUAUGAAAAAUUUGAACGUAUUGCGAUUAUAGAUUUUGAUGUUCAUCAUGGUAAUGGUACAGAACAAAUUAUAAGAAAUUUAGGAUUAAAAAAAUUAAGCAUAAAUGAAUAUAUAGAUAUAUAUAGUUGGAAAGGGUGGAAAGAUAAUAAUGAUAAGAAAAAUGUAUUUUUUAGUUCUGUACAUGCAUAUGAUGGAUAUUUUUAUCCAGGUACAGGAUAUGAUACGGUUGAACUAGAACCUUAUAUAAUAAAUGUUACAUUAAAAAAAAAUAUCUCUUCACUUGAAUUUCUAAAUUUAUUUCAUAAUAAUAUAUUAAUACAUCUUUAUUAUUUUAAACCAGAUUUAUUAUUUUUAUCUGCUGGAUUUGAUGGACAUCAACUCGAUUAUGUAAAUAAUGGAUUUGUAAAAAAAAACACAUCAACAUAUUUUUAUUUAACAAAACUUGUCUUAUCAUUACAAAACAAAUUGAAUUUCCCUAUCAUCAGUGUUCUGGAGGGGGGGUAUAAUACUUCAAAUGACAUGGCGUCUGUUUUUAGUCUCUCUGUGCUUGAACAUGUUUUGUCGUUUUAUUAUAACGAUAUAAGUUUUUUUAGAAAAAAAGAAAUAAAAUUAAAAGACAUGAGAAAGAAUAUUGUAAGAAUGAAAAUAUAUGAGAAUGAUUUGAAAAAAUAUAAGAAUGAUUUGAAAAGAUAUAAGAAUGAUUUGAAAUUAUUUAAGGAUGAUUUGAAAAAAAAUAAGAAUGUUUUUAAAAAUUAUAAGAAUGAUUUGAAAUUAUUUAAGAAUGAUUUUAAAAAAUAUAAGAAUGAUUUGAAAUUAUUUAAGGAUGAUUUUAAAAAAUAUAAGUAUGAUUUUAAAAAUUAUUGUGAUUUCACCAAUUGCUAUGAUUUGAACAAAUGUUUUGAUGAUUUUACUAAUUAUUAUGACGAUUUUAAUAAAUAUUAUGAUAAUUUAAAUGUUGAUGAGCAUACGAAAAAUAAGCAGACUAGUGUUCCAUCUAGUACAAACAAAAAGGACACUAGCAUAAAAACAUGUAAUACAAAUAUAAUAGAUAAUGUGAAAAAACAAAUCAAAAAGAGUGAAAAAGAAAAUAAAAAAAUUAAGGAAACGCCUACUUUAUACUUUCCAUUUAUAUGUAUAGGAAAAAAGAAAAUAUUAAAUAUGUUCGAAUGUUAUUUUUCUGUUUUUAAAGAAAAAACAAGAGAAACACAAAAUCUAAAUUUAUUGUAUAAACUAAUGGAAUAUAAUAAUUUCUUGAAAAUAUAUGAUUUAAGAAAUAUAGAUAUGAAAAAUAAAAUGCAUAAAUUUAGGCACACACAUAAAGCUGUUUUGAAAAAUCUUCUAUUAGAAAGUAAUUAUGAUUAUUCAAAAAUGAAAUGUAUAAUAUUACCAAGUAAUUGUUAUUUUUAUGAAUUAUUAAGUCAUCUUAAAAUUAAAGGAGUAAGUAUGAAAUCUAAAACACCUACAAAAUUAGAUUAUAAAUUCUUUUCAGCAAUCAACAAUCCUUACGAUUUUAAUAAACUUGAUCUUGAUAAGUUUAAAAGACACCCCAAGAAGGAUUUCGAAUUAAUAAAUUUCUGGAAUGAGGAAACCAAAUUUUAA